AUGCAGACUGAUGGUGUGAGGCACACGGUAGUGACGCCCGAUAACCAUGGGCCCAUCAUCCAGAUCGUGACCUGGUUUGCCAUGGUGGUGAUGAUUCUGGCGACGGCACUCAGACUGGCAGUCCGAUAUCUGACAUCCCACAUCCCCGGAAUGGACGAUGCCAUUGUUGUGGGCUCCAUGCUUGUCAAUGUCGGCGGCGUCAUAGCCAUAUCCCUGGCGGUCACUCACGGCCUGGGGCGGCGUGAGUCGAAGCUGACCGAAGCCCAGGUGUCAAGAGCUGGACAGGUACGCUACGCAGGAUAUGUCUAG